AUUUUAUCAUUAACACUACCACGAUAAAAAUUAAUAUUUGUUAUCUGUAUGUGGAACUAAUAAGUAUUAAAUAUAAAUAAAAUCUACAUUUAUUAUUGAAGUUGCAACAUGCGAUAUGAUUUGUAGACAAUAUUUUACUACUUACUUAUAUUCGUUACAUUGUAUUGUUAUAAUUUCCUUCACAAUUUCCUUCACUAUUAUUUGACAUUAUUUACAUAAGAUUGUGUGAUGUCAACUAUCGCAUAAUCUUUUUGAUUACUACUCAGUGAUUAAAGUACCUACCUAUAUGCUUUUUUGUCGUACAUUUGUAUACUUAAUGUUCAAGUGAAUAUGGAUGAUCAAAAUCUAAUCGAUCUUGUGGAGAGCAGUGAUGAAGAAACUCCGUCAUUAUCUGACAAAUAUGAAUCAAAAAUAUUGACCGUCGAAGAUAUGCUUUUAGGAAAAGGCAGACAAGAGAAAUCGUUAGGAAAUCUAGCGACCAAGUUUGCAGAACUACUUCGAAACUCUCCAGACGGAGUAAUGCACUUAAACAAGGUAAUAGAUUCACAUUUUUUAUUUUUUCAUUAAUUAAAUAGUAAGAUAUUUACAAUAUUACUAUACAUACUAAAUGCUAAAACUAUUAUAUAUUAAAUAAAUUUUAAAAAAAAUACUGCUUAGGUACUUAUCAAAUUAUUACAAAAACAAAAUACCUAAUUGUUAUUAUUUUUUUUAGUUUUUUAUUAUUAUUAAUAACUUAAUUUAACUAAAAUGAACUAGAAAUCAAAGCUUCUUGUUCUUAAAGCUUAAAAUAUUAUGUCAUUGGAAUGUUAAAUUAAUUUUUAAAGAAAACAUUAAUCUGUAUGUGUAUGUUUUUUUAAAUAAUGUGUUCUUGAAUCGUACAGAAAAAACCAAUUUUAUCUAAGACAGAAAUUUUUUUUCCAGAAAACUGAUUAGGACAAUAGAAGUAAUUAAAAAAUUUCAUAUAACCCUAUUUUAAGUUAUAUAGGUAUUGAACUGUACACAUAACUAGACUUUUAAAGUAACUAUUGCUAACUGAGUUAUCUGAAAGAACCUUACUCUUUAUCUUUAUCUUUACUAAAAAUAAAAAUAAAGCCUACUAUAUUAUGUAAAAUAUUAAAAUAGGUAGUAAAAUUAACAAUUUAAAAUACUCAAAUGUAUUGCAGUUUACAAUCUUAAGAUUUUAUCAUAUGAAACAAUAUUUUUGAAUUCAUUAAUUAUAUCAUCAUAGUUAAUUUGCCAACAAAAAAAAAACGUAGAAGGUGAAUUUUUCAUGAAAAUUUUAAUAAAUGUUUCAAUUAAAAUACCACAGGACAGAAAUGUCGCAAAGAAAAAAAAUAGAUCAUUUAUACUCAUUGUAAAAACACUUGUUUGUUCUUUCUUUAUACUCAAAGUUUUAAAUUAUUAUGUUAAUUUCAAGUUAUCAAUAAUAACCAAUAAAAUAGAGUAUUAAUUAAGAAAUAAAGUAUUACACAAUUAUAUAAUACUUGGUUAUAUAUAUUAUCUAUUAUUCAAUUCAGUUGGCAACAAAUUAUUUAAUUAAGUAUAUUAAAUUUUUAGGCCACUGCUAUGCUUGCCGUUAAACAAAAAAGGCGAAUUUAUGAUAUUACAAAUGUAUUAGAAGGUAUUGGUUUAAUUGAAAAAAAGACAAAAAAUCAAGUUCGAUGGAGGUAAACAAAUUAAUAAAUGUAUUUCAAUUGAUUGUUCAAAAAAAUAUUUAGUGUUAUAAUAUUUUGUUGUUUACCUUUUUAUAAUUUAUUUUUAGGGGAGUUGAAACAAGUGAAGAUGAUAAGACUACAGAAAUAAGAUCAAAACUCCAAGAAGAAAUACUAACUUUAAAAUGGCAAGAAGAAAUACUGGAUAAGCAGUUAGAAGUAAUUUAUUAUAUUAUUUUUAAAAUAAAUACUGAAUAAGGAAUGUACAAUUAGCCUUUUGUUUAAUUUAUUUUGUUUAAUUUUAAAAUGGCAAGAAGAAAUACUGGAUAAGCAGUUAGAAGUAAUUUAUUAUAUUAUUUUUAAAAUAAAUACUAAAUAAGGAAUGUACAAUUAGCCUUUUGUUUAAUUUAUACAGAUCAUCCAUUAGUUCUUUUUAAGUUGAUUAUAUAUAAGCCCAUAUAUUUUCCUCAAUAUUUUCAAGAUAGAUACAGGUAUUUACUAUAUAGAUAUUUUUUUUUUGUUUGUCUAAACACUUGGACAAUAAUUUAGCAGAUAAUAUUUCUUUAAUUUUAAAAUCGUUAAUUCUGUUGACAGAAUUCAAUUUUAUUUUUAUUUUGUUAAACAUUUUAUUUUUACAUGUUAAUUUUCAAGUACAUAAAGUUUCCUACUUUUUCAAAGCAAAAUCUUUCAGCAUGCAAAUUACAUUUCACUGCAAUUCAAAUUAAUAUCAAAACAUAUAAAAAUACUUAUGAUAUUAUAAUCAAUGGAGGAGAAACAAUUAAUUUGUUAACUGUGUUGUUUUGAUUCUAAGUAACUAAGUUUGUUAAAUAAAAUAAAUUAUUUUCAUUUAGUUUUUUUUUUCAGAUUCUUAGUCGUGAUUUUAAAGUGAUUAAAGAAGAAAAGUCUUUUUCUCGGUACAUGUAUUUAUUGAGUAGUGAAAUUUCUACCAAACAAGAAAAACGAUCAGUUUUCACUAUACAACCUAUGGAAGCACUAAGAGGAGCUAACAUUUCCAUACCAAGAACUAAAUUGAAUCGAAAUUAUAGUACUAUUAAAUCAUGUGAUAAUAGUAUGCCCUAUAGAAUAAAUUUCAAUUCUAAAACUGUACCACUUCAUAUGAAUCUUAUUUCAUACAAGGCAUUUGGUCAAUCAGAGGUAUUAUUAAUAUUUAUCUAUUUUAAAUUAUAUUAUUAUUAUCUAUAUAUUGGUUUUUAAAAAAUACCUUUUAUAUUCAUAUUCUUUUUCAUUGAUUACAUUUAAAACUUGUUUGGUACAUAAUUUUCUUGGUCAGAAUUCUGCUUGUUUCUGUAGUUUUUGUUUUUCUAGUUUUUCCUCUAUAUCUUAGUUAAUUCUACUCAGGAUCAUUUUUCCAAAUAAUUUGUUCAUUUGUUAUUUGUGCAUACGUUUUCUUUAGACAUUUUUAAUAUUUCUAGACUUCAAGAGAGUUAAGUUUUUUGUUCUUAAUAAUUUAUUUCAGCUAUUUUUAUACAAUUUAAUUCUAUAUAAUUUUGGUAGAUUCUAAGCGCAGCGAGUGAUCUAAUAGUUUUACAAUGCUGUUUAUUUUUUCUUCUUCUUUGUUCUAGUUUGUGGACACAUUUUUUCCUAGUAAACUUGCUUCGAUUUUUACGUGUAGCAACUUUUCUGAAAGCGCAAGUUGUUUAGAUUGUACUUUAGACAGGUAAUUUUUUGAUUUUCUACAUAAUUUUUUAAAUAAAAGCACUUAUGUGGAAUAAAACAGGAAAACGUGCAAUUUCAUUAUUUUAUAAAGAAACACGUUUUCUACCAGAAAAAUGAUUUAAUCGAAAAAUUACAAGAUACCUUUUUUGUUGCCUUUUUAAUUUACUUUCUUACGAUAUCAUCCCCAAACUUUUGAGCUUUGAUGGAAAUUUAAUUUUUGGGAGAUUUUUUGUUGUAAUUCGGUUAUAAAUACACGUAGAGACAUGCAACAUGAUAAUAAUACUUAUAUUGGAUUUACCUAGACUUGGUAAAAUUCCCAAAAUUAUCAAAUGACUUUUUGUUUUUUUUUAGUAAAAGUUGAAAUCAAAUCGAAACAAAAAAAAUAUGAUACUUCAAAUUAUGUGUUACCGAACUGCACUCGGAAUCGUGUUUCGUCAAACAAUGGUUUAUAAUUGUUUACAGAUAUAACUAAAAUAACUUUAUGUAUCCUACCUUCCCAACUUCUCACCUACAACAGUGGCCUCUCUCAUCCCCAGUAUCAGCUCUUUUUUUCUUUUGAGUUUUUUUUUUUUGUUUGGUUCAAUACUUUUUUAAAAAAAUGCUUUCAUAUUUUUGUUGUGACUUUCAACUAUUAUUUUCAUGUUACUCUUGGUUUGUCUUUUAUAUGAUUGCUUCUUUGUAUUUAAUUUUUAUAUAGAUUUUGGAUUAUAUAAUUUUGUCUUUUGACUUUAAUGCAUAAAAUCUUCAAUGUUUAUCAAGAUUAUAUACUAGCUUACACUUAUUAGUUUAUGAUAAAACUGUUAUUAGUUUACACUGUUUAUAGUAUAUGAUGAUGUAAUUCAUCACUUAUAAUAUUAUUAUUCUGUUACAGAGAAAAAGGCAUUUAUCAGAAGCUAUUAGUAAAUUAAGAAAAGUAUCUCGCAUUAAUUAUUCUGAUAUACAUGCUAGUAUUGUACAGUGUAAGUGUUAUUAUUUAUUAUUAUAUAUUUUUUUUAUUUGUUUUGUAUAUAUUUUAUAUUUGUUACAUUUAUGUACUUUUUAUAAGUUUAUAAAAUUAAUUAUUACAUUUGACUUAGGAAUAAUUUUAUAAUACUAUAAUAGAUUUCACUUAAAGUAGCCCUUGACAGUAGUGUGGCUGGUAGCAUUUUAACUCAGGGGCUCUUAAACAUGUGUCAAACAAUGAUGAUAUUGUUGUUUGACCACCUGUUGUUUUGUAAAGCUUUCUACUGGCCAAUAUUAAGAACCAUUGUUUUUCAGAAAUUGCACUAAUGUCAAGGGCCACUUUUUGUGAAAUUAAUUAUAGUUGUAUGCCUUUUAUUAUAUAGAUUUUUUAUUUGGUUGUCAUGGUAAAUAUUAAUAUUAUAUAUAUAUUAUGUUUUAUUAAAAUUAUUAAAUAGAAUAAUUUAAAUACUUAUUGAAUGCCUGAAUUAUAAAAUAUCAAUGAAAGUGUAUAUUAAAGGAUACAUCUGUAGCUUGUGCAAGAAAAGUCAAUGUCUAAAAAAAAAAAAAUCAUUUUUUUUCUUUUAACAUUAGCACUUCUUGUACCAAGCCACAGAUAUUAUUUUCUUGUUUAAUGUAAUUUAUUUUAUAAUUGUUUUCUUAAUUUUAAUUGUAUUAUAAUUGAAUGUUAAAUAUAGUUGAUAAUUUUGCUAUAAUUUAUUUAAUCAUUUUCAUACUAAAAAUUAUUAUUUUAUUACUUUUAAUAAUUUCAAUUAAUAAAAAUUCUAUUUUAUAGGCUCUGAAGAUUCUGAUGUCGAAGAAAUUAUUGUAUUAAAUAAAGAAGGUAAACAGGUUGAAAAUAAAUUAAGUAAGUUAAAUUAUUUAUAAUAAAUUAAUGGUUUAAUUGGGAAGAAAUACCUUGUCAUUUUAUAAAAUAUACAUAAUCAUUGAUGAUACUGCACUCUCUUGGAAGGGGGGGCAGACAAUAUUUUAAGUAAAUUAUUAAUACUAUUGUGUACAUCAAGAGUAACCUGUAUAAUAAUCUUAAAUUGUGAUAUUUACCGAUUAGUUAUUUCGAUAAUGAUUUGAAGUGGGUUAAAACUCUGAACCAGACUUUUGGCACAUUCAUAUAUGUAAAAUGUAAAUAUGUUAAUGUAUAGGAGCAAUAAUGAAUCCGCAGGAGUAGCUGUUACAUAAUCUGCCCCUCCCCCUGUAUUACCACCUAUGUAUAUAAUAGAGUAUUAGUGACAAUUAAAAAUAAAUAACAGACAAUAAAUUGUAUUUUGAUCAAUACUUACACACUUUACAACUGUCAUUGUUUAUAGUUAAUAACUAUGUUCUAAUAUUAUAAUGAGUUCAAUGUUUAUAUUGUUUCUAAAUAAUAUAAAGAUAUACAGUAUAUAUGUAUUACACUGUGAUUGGAAUUUUAUUUGUAGUUCUUUUUAAAUUGUUUACCUUUGUAGGUAUCUGUUUCUAAAUUUAAAAUUAAUAUUUAAACAACAGCUAACUUUUUUAACUCUGUACCUUUCUACAAAUUUGUUUUUGGGGCAGAAUCAUCAAAAAUUCUAUUUACCUAUCAUGCAUUUAUUUUAUGUUAUACUAUACUAUACAAUUUUUUAUUAUUAUUUGUUUAAUAGAUGGUGAUUUAUUAGAUGAUUAUGGUAAUAAAUCUUGUGCCAAAGGUAUAGUAUUAAUUUAAUAUUAAAUUUUAUGUUGAAAAUAAUCUAAAUAAAUGAAAUACUUCACUUUGUUUCAGUGACCCCACGUUAUGAUCCGUUAUUAAGAUUGAGCCCUCCUCCGUCAAUGAAUACUUUUCCAUGUUUAAUUGACCCUUCUGAAGGAGCAUUUGAGGCUUUUGAUAUUAAGCCAAAGUAAUAAGCAAUAAUGUUUAGUUGACUAUUGUUUACGAAAAUACUGUCUACUUCAGUUCAUUUCAAUAUUUUAAUUGACAUUUUUAUUAAACUAACAAAAUAUUAU